AUGAGUGUACCGCUGGAGAGGAUCGCCGACGCGCACCUCGCUCUUGAAUCGGCAUCCGUUAUGGGCAAGGUACUCGUCGCUUUGAUUUCAUCGCAAGGGACGCCCAUGAAGCGCUUUAUCCAAAGUGAACACCGAGGUCAAGGUACCUUACUUCCCGAGAGCCUCGACGACUACGUCAGCGAUACCAACCCGGUGCGCGUAGUUGACGUUUUUGUCGAUGAACUCGACCUGGCCUCCUUGGGUUUUGAGGGCGUUAUCCCAGCCGAAACAGGCCGGCCUGCCUACCACCCAGCGAUCCUGCUGAAGAUCUACAUCUACGGUUACCUAAACCGCAUCCAGUCGAGCCGACGUCUUGAACGAGAAGCCCAGCGCAACAUCGAACUGAUGUGGCUGACCGGGCGUUUGAUGCCCGAUUUCAAGACCAUCGCCAACUUCCGAAAAGACAACAGCAAGGCCAUCCGCGGCGUCUGCCGCCAGUUCGUGUUGCUCUGCCAGCAGUUGGGAUUAUUUGGAGAACAUCUGGUUGCCAUCGACGGCAGCAAAUUCAAGGCCGUGAACAACCGUGACCGCAAUUUCACCAGCGCCAAGCUGCAACGGCGAAUGGAAGAAAUUGAAUCGAGUAUCAACCGUUACUUGGCGGCACUCGAUGUUGCUGAUCGGCAAGAACCCUACAGCUACCGCGCCAGACAGUGCCAGCGGUUGGAAGAGAAAAUCGCCAAGCUCAAAACUCAAAUGAAGGAGCUUCAGGCGAUCGAAAUCCAGCUCAACGAUUCGCCGGAUAAACAGAUCUCACUGACCGACCCAGACGCCCGCUCCAUGAAGACGCGCGGCACGGGAAUCGUCGGCUACAACGUGCAGACAGCGGUCGAUACGCAGCACCAUUUGAUCGUUGCGCAUGAGGUUUCCAACGUCGGUUCCGACCGCGACCAACUCAGUUCAAUGGCCAAGCAGGCCCGCGAGGCCAUAGGCGUCAGAAACGCUGUCGAGGCGCUGAUCUGGCACUAUUCCUACAUUGAAAAAGGCCUGAAGUUGCAUCGUUACUGGAGUUCGAAAUGCCAGGGCUGCGCGUUGAAAUUGCAGUGCACACCGAGCACGGAACGACGAGUUCGGCGAUGGGAACAUGAAGCCGUACUGGAGCAAAUGCAGAAUCGGCUGAGCAACGCGCCGGAGAUGAUGCGAGUCCGAAAACGGACUGUUGAGCAUCCCUUCGGGACGCUCAAGCAAUGGAUGGGUGCGACGCACUUUCUGACCCGAAAGCUUAACGGGGUAAGCGCCGAGAUGAGCUUGAAUGUGCUCGCCUACAACCUGAAACGGGUCAUGAAAAUCAUCGGCACCACUGGCUUGAUGAAAGCGUUAACGGCG